UAAUCACUCUCUGAACUCGUGAGCAGGAGAUAUUUUGGAGGAUUUGAGAGCAGCAUAAAUAGGUUACAACUUGGUGUGAUGCUCGAGUGAGAUUUUCAAGAAGGAAAAUUGGUAGCUUGUAGUUUACAGCACUCCAGCACAGCGUGAAUUUACUUCUUAUUGCCCUGGAUAGUUUUGUUGUUGUUUUUUGUGGGAGGGGGGCGACUUUAGUUUGCACCUGCCGGGGUAAUACUCCUGCUUGUGAAUGCCAUUUUGGUUUCCAGCUACGUCUGAAAGUACACUUAGUGACUAGUUUAAUAAAACGGUGCAGUAGUUAGUGUAGUGCGUUAGAGAGACGGUUUCGGUGCAGUAGUGAGGGUUUUCGUUAAUUUUGUUCGAGCCGGUGAUUAGCUGUGCUGUUUGGGAGGGGAAUGCGACUGAAAAGUUCAUUGUUUCAAGGUGUUUUUUUUUUAAAUCUGGGGAUUUGGAGGAGACAUCGUGAGCAGGAGGAGAGAGGAAGCGCAUUUCCGAACCGGAUAAACACGGGGCGAAAGAGGUUUUGGAUCUGAUCGAAACCCACGGACUUGAAGAACUCGCUUUCACUCCAUUUUGUUGCAGAAAACAUUGGGGUUAACACUCAGGCCGAUGAGCUACAGCCAGCGUGCUCUCCUCGUUCUGGCGCUGCUGGGGGUUUUGUCGGCGAUCAUGUCGCUGAUGUCGGUGAGUUUGAUUUUCCAGCUGAAUUCCGUGGUGAAGGAGUCUGGAUCCGCAGUACCGGAGGAAAUGUGGGCCGUGUUAAAGCCGCUCUCCUCCGUGCUUUCUGCGCUCUCUCUCACCCUCAACUCCAGCGCGGCCAUCAUCUGCCUGCUGCACGCGCACUUUACCACCGAGAUGUGGAGAGAACACACACACAGGGCUGAAUGGUUCCUGUCAGACAGUAGGGUCAUUCGACAUGUCGCUAUCGGCUUGUUUUGUGCUGGGAUUUCUUUUUACCUUGGUGCUUUGUCCAUUUACAUGUUGCUGGUCUUUGAGAUUGAGACAGGAAUAGCCAGCGUGUGUGUGCUCUCUUCAGGUGUACUGGUGCUACUGGUGUUAGUGGCUCAUACGCUGGUCCGUGCUGCGUGCACAUCCAAACACUUUCUCAACCAACACAUCAAUACCAUGUACCAGAACGACCCUGAGAGCAGUGCUGGCAUCUGCACAGUAUCAUCAGAGCUUAGUCUCCGAGAAAAGACCACAAGACAACGCAGUGAAGACAGCAUGAACCACCUGUUCUCCUACACAGAGCCCAAACAACAACACUCCAAUGAAAGAGAGGUGUAUGGUGGGAGUGGACGCAUGCACAGGACCACGUCUACUGAAUCCAGCCUGCUCCAGACACACACAAAGCCCUGGAAUGGUGUCAACCAUGAGAUGAGAACUGUGCUGACUCGCAAAGCCACAGGCAAAGACUCUACCUUAGUGUGAGCAGUUUUACUGUGAGAGGCUUUCAAGUGGAACUGUUCCUUUUACUAUUUUUGCUACAGACUUUCCACUGUACACUACACCACAAUUUCUCGGUUUUCUGCCUGACAUGACACCCUAUAUGCGAUAAGAUUCUUGUUAGUUAUGGUGAUUUGAACUACAUGCAUUAGAAGGUACACUACUCAAGUUCUAUUCAGCACUAAGAACUAACAUAUAAAAACACUACCGCUUCAUCCUACAAUUAUAUAACCAUGUAAACAGUGUUAACGGAUAAAGUGUGUGCUUGUAGGUCUUGUCACUUUUUUUAUAUUAACUCUCUAGACUUUCAAUUUCUGUCCACACAAAUGAUAAAUCAGUCCCUCCGGGAUUUUGCAAUCGCAGAAAUUAACUCAAAAUCAAGAAAACGCUGCAAUUUUCGAAAUCAAUGCAGAUUUGGGGCAAGACGCGUCAUGUGACAUCAUCACAACGCACAUUCAGCCAAAGCCCACUUUACUUCAUGUACAUCGAACAUGAGUACAGCUAAAAGGUCUCAUUUACCAACAAACAUCACUGUGAAAGAGCGUGCAAAACAAUUUUGUGCAAUUUCACUAAUUCAUGUAGUUUUCUGCAAAAAGCACAAAAAACUCUGCAAGUUACUUCGCAAAGUUUGAAAAAAGCCGCAACAAUCACAAACCUGUUCAGCCUGAUAAAUAAUUCAACAAUUCAUGCUUAUAAAGUCUACUCAUGAAGUGUAACUGGAUUUGAAAUGUUCUUAUCUUAGGAAAAAUAAUUGUUAGGUGCUUUGGAUUUUCUCUUGAAAGACCACAUUGUAUUAGGAUUUUUAUAUUACUUUGUAGACUAUAUUUUUUUUAGGAUGUAAAAGUGUCAAUAGUAUCAAACAUUUCUGAUGAAAAAUAAACACUACAGAAAUAUAUUAA